GGCGCUGGCUGGGUGAGUCGGCCUGGCCUGGAGUUGGGAGGGCGCUGGGCAUCAGGAGACGCUGUGCCCACGUCCUCGCGCCCAAGCCUGAUGCAGCCGCCCCUAGACGAGGCCCGCAGGGACACGGCUGAGGACGCCCAGUGGUCCAGGCCCGAGUGCCAGGCGUGGACGGGGGCCCUGCUGCUGGGCACGUGUCUGCUGUACUGCGCCCGCGCCAGUGUGCCCGUGUGCGCCGUCGCCAUGAGCCAGGACCUCGGCUGGAACAAGAAGGAGGCCGGUGUCGUGCUCAGCAGCUUCUUCUGGGGCUACUGCCUGACGCAGGUCGUGGGCGGCCACCUCGGGGACCGGAUUGGGGGCGAGAAGGUCAUUGUGCUGUCAGCCUCCGCCUGGGGCUCCAUCACGGCCGCCACGCCCCUGCUCGCGCACCUGGGCGGUGCCCACCUGGUCAGCAUGACCUUGUCUCGAGUCCUCACGGGCCUGCUCCAAGGGGUUCACUUCCCUGCCCUGACCAGCCUGCUGUCGCAGAAGGUGCGGGAGAGCGAGCGAGCCUUCGCGUACAGCACCGUGGGCGCCGGCUCCCAGAUUGGGACGCUGCUGACCGGGGUGGUGGGCUCCCUGCUCCUGGAGUGGCACAGCUGGCAGAGUGUCUUCUACUUCUCAGGCGGCCUCACCUUGCUCUGGGUGUGGUACGUGCACAGGUACCUGCUGAGAGAAAAAGACCUCGGCCUGGCCUUAGGCAUCCUGGCCCGAGGCCUGCCCGUGUCCAGGCACAGUAAGGUCCCCUGGAGGCAGCUCUUCCGGAAGCCGGCCGUAUGGGCGGCCGUCUUCUCCCAGCUCUGCUCCGCCUGCUCCUUCUUCACCCUCCUGUCCUGGCUGCCCACCUUCUUCCAGGAGACCUUCCCGCACGCCAAGGGCUGGGUCUUCAACGUGGUGCCCUGGUUGGUGGCCAUUCCGGCCAGUGUGUUCAGCGGGUUCCUCUCUGACCAUCUCGUCUGUCAGGGUUACAGACCCGUCUUGGUGCGGAAGUUCAUGCAGGUGAUGGGCCUUGGCCUGUCCGGCAUUUUCGCCCUGUGUCUGGGUCACACCUCGAGCUUCUUCCAGUCCGUGGUCUUUGCGUCGGCCUCCAUUGGCCUCCAGACUUUCAACCACAGCGGCAUUUCCGUGAACAUCCAGGACUUGGCCCCGUCCUGCGCCGGUUUCCUGUUUGGUGUGGCCAACACAGCCGGUGCCCUGGCAGGUGUCAUGGGCGUGUGUCUGGGCGGGUACCUGAUUGAGACCACAGGCUCCUGGACUUACCUGUUCAGCCUGGUGGCCGUCACCAGCAACCUGGGGCUGUGCACCUUCCUGGCGUUCGGGCAGGCCCAGAGGGUGGACCUGAGCCCCCCCCACGAGGACCUGUAGCUCCUGCCCAGCCACCAUCCCAGGCCCCAGCACCAGCAGUCCCGGCACCAGCAGGCCCAGGCCCCGGCACCAGCAGUCCCACGCCCCGGCACCAGCAGGCCCAGCACCAGCAGUCCCAGGCCCCGGCACCAGCAGUCCCAGGCCCCGACACCAGCAGGCCCAGCACCAACAGGCCCAGCACCAGCAGUCCCGGCACCAGCAGGCCCAGCACCAGCAGUCCCAGGACCCGGCACCAGCAGUCCCGGCACCAGCAGGCCCAGCACCAGCAGUCCCGGCACCAGCAGGCCCGGCACCAGCAGUCCUGGCACCAGCAGUCCCAGCACCAGCAGGCCCAGCACCAGCAGUCCCGGCACCAGCAGUCCCAGGACCCGGCACCAGCAGUCCCGGCACCAGCAGGCCCAGCACCAGCAGUCCCAGGACCCGGCACCAGCAGUCCCGGCACCAGCAGGCCCAGCACCAGCAGUCCCGGCACCAGCAGUCCCAGGCCCCGGCACCAGCAGUCCCGGCACCAGCAGUCCCAGGCCCCAGCACCAGCAGUCCCGGCGCCAGUAGUCCCAGGCCCCGGCACCAGCAGUUCCGGCACAAAGGCUCCGCCGGAGACGUGGAGCAGAGGCGCCGGAGCCACAGCGGCUCUGAGGAGUCCACAGGAGCUGGCGGGAGGUGCGGCAGACCCGGGGCCACGGUGGGCCCAGGGCAGGACCAGGCUGGCCCUCGGGGCCUUCAGCUUCCCAUGUGGCCCCGGACUGGCCUCACGUGGCUGUGGGGCUGAGCGGUGCCCUUUCCAGUAUCUGAUCCCGGCAGGCCGCCCACAGCCACCCACCCGUGGGAACACAUGCCUGUCAGCGGGCAGUGCCAGCAGACAGCAGACCCCAUCUGUGGCGGGGACUGUCCUCGCACCUCCACCCGCUCCUAGUCUCCCUUCCCAGCCCUGUCACGACAGCCAGAAAUGUCUCCUGACUCUGUCCGAUGUCCCCAGGGGCACCACCAUGGGAGAACCCAUUCUAGACAGCCUCAGGGGUCCUGCUUCUCCCUCAGCCAGGCUGAGACCCCGGUCGAUGGGUGGGGGGAGCGGCUAGAGACCCUGCUGUCCCUGCUGGGGGUCCUGGUCCCUGACGUGCACUCUGAGGAGGCAGAGGGCCCCCGACCCCCGUGGCUUCCCAGGGCCAGACGCCACGAGUGCAGGGAGCAUGGCAGUUUGGGGGGGCAGGCAGCCCCCCGCCCUGGUCUCCCUGCGACCUCCCUGUUCAGCCUGAGGAGCUGGUGUCUCAGGAACUGAUGACAGGGUUUGCAAGAUGUGCACGUAGAGAAAUGACACCAAAGCCUUAUUUAAAUAACUAUUAAACUAUUUA